GAAGCAAUCGUUCUCUGUUGCGGGCAGGCAGCUCGAGACGUCAGCCAUUGCUGUGAGGCUGUGCGGCAUCGUCGCGGGUCCUGGUGCGAAAUGCGGGCACAGAGGCGAAACGCGGACGUAGAGACGGAAAUCGGACUCAGAUGCGAGAAGCGGAUGCGACAUGCGCCUCCUCGUUCGCAAGAUUCCCAGGGGGCCCGCCAUGUCGUCCGCGUAACGGCGAAUGUCUAUACGGGCUGUCUUGCCGCGUGCUCUCUACACACCGCACAUUGCUUGUGGGUUGCAUUGCCCGGCGUACAGACACUUGGGGAAAAAAGUGCAUUUCUCUGGUCAGCCACAAUGACCAUCGUCACUUUCGCAGCUCAUCUCGUUCUCUCUAGCUGCUGCUGCCUUGCGUUUGCGCGCCUGGAGACGGGCUUUGCCCCCGGAGUUUUUGGGGGUCCCGGUUCCCCCGCUCCCGUAGCGGACCUUCGAACAUCGACUUACACAGACCAACUUGUUUGUAUCCCCACAGCCAGCACGACAUCACGUCAACUCGGAGUGCGGCAAUGACAUGCUCUCGCGUCCAAUGGCCCGUGAACACCCUGACGGCUAUCAGGUGGCUUCCAUCGUC